AUGGCCACUAUCGGUACAAAUCGCCCUGGUGGCUACGACCAUCACCACCACCACCAAAACCCCCUCCAAAACGACGACGAGUUCUCAUUACGCCAUAUGAUGGAUGCUGAACCAAACAGUCCCGACAAUUCGAGGGACAUUCUCAGCGGUAGUAGCUCAAUACCAGCCGCAGGAGAUGGAAAGGGCAGCAGCGUUGUUGAUAUUACUGCGACGCAAAAGAUGGUGUCGGCCAUGUCGGGCAGUCUAUUAACGUCAUUACUUGUCACACCUCUCGACGUCGUCCGCGUGCGCCUCCAGUCGCAAAAAGCUCCUCGAUCCACCGUCGACUUUUCCAAACUCGCCAUAACCACUUCCUCCCUCUCCCCCGCCCAAACCGCCGAACUCGGUAUCACAUCAUGCUGUCGCGAAGUCUUCUUCUCCGGAGGUAAUGCCGAAUUCUGCCUCGCAGCGCCUAGGAUAGACGGCAUUACGUCUGCGCCUCCCGCCCCAGCUGAAUGCGCCGUUGAAGAAGUUCAGCGCCGCACUUUCAGCUCUACUUUUGACGGUCUGCGAAAGAUUGCCCGCAAUGAAGGCGUCGCAACUCUUUGGAGGGGCUUAUCACCUACGCUUGUCAUGGCUGUUCCUUCAAAUAUCAUUUACUUUACUGGAUACGAUUACCUGCGAUUCAACUCGAAUAGUCCUUUUUCACGAUUCUCCGAUACAUCGGCACCUCUGACGGCUGGAUCCGCUGCUCGAAUCCUCGCAGCUACGGCCGUGAGCCCAAUCGAGCUUGUCAAGACACGAAUGCAAGCGGCUUCUGGAGCAUCGACAUCAAAUCACCUUGUGGAGGCAUUCGAAAGUGUCAAGGGAAUGGUCGGGACACAUGGGUAUACUGCGCUGUGGCGAGGCUUGACCUUAACUCUGUGGAGAGAUGUUCCUUUCUCGGGUCUGUACUGGUGGGGGUAUGAAUCGAUACGAUCAAGAUUGACGGAUUACCGAGAACAGCGCCAAGGCAGCUCCUUGUCAUUUGAAGAAGAGCUGGCAGAAGCAAGGAGGAGAUCGCAAGUCCAGGAGAACCAUACCGAAACCUUUGUCGACGCUUUCACAGCAGGUGCCCUGUCUGGAGCCUUUGCCUCAUUCGUCACAACGCCUUUUGAUGUCGGCAAGACGCGAACGCAGAUUUAUCAGGAUACUUCAAAGAAAGUCAAGCAAAGCAGCGCCAGUGCAGCCGCGCCCGAGCAGCGCAGUAUGGUGAAUCUUCUCUGGCACAUCUUCAAGACAGAAGGUGCUUCAGGCCUAUGGAAGGGAUGGAUCCCACGAACCCUCAAGGUUGCUCCGGCAUGCGCCAUCAUGAUCAGCAGCUAUGAGGUCGGUAAGCGAGCAUUCCGUGGUGUGAAUGAGCGACGUCUGAACAGCAGCACCAACGCCGAAUAA